AAGGGCCAGAGGGGGUUGCCGGGAGAUUUGAAAGCGGCGAAGCGGAAGCGGUUGGAGCCUCUGCGGACCCCCGGGGCGCGUGGGGCCGAGGGGGGUAGCGUCUCCCAGCCGGCGCUGGGCCCCGCUGCCUGCAGCCCCAUGGCGCUGGGCCCGCCGCCCGAGGAGGGCACCGUCUCCGUCGUGGUGCGCGUGCGGCCCCCCAGCCCCCGCGAGCGGGAGGGGGCCGCGCACGCCGUGCUGCACGUCGUCGACCAGCACAUCCUUGUCUUCGACCCUGAUGAGCCCGGUGGCCUCCCGGGCGGCCUGUUGGCCGGCCACAAACCCAAGCACCGCGGCAAGGACCUGAAGUUCAUCUUUGACCGGGUUUUUGGGGAGGGAGCCACGCAGGAGGAGGUGUUCCAGCACACCACCCGGGAGGUGCUGGACGGUGUCCUCAACGGCUACAACUGCUCCGUGUUCGCCUACGGUGCGACCGGAGCGGGGAAAACCUACACCAUGCUGGGCUCUGAGAAGAGCCCGGGCAUCAUGUACCUCACCAUGGUGGAGCUGUACAAGAGGAUCGAGGCCAGAAAGGACGAGAAGAGCUGUGAGGUGCUCAUCUCCUACCAGGAGGUGUACAACGAGCAAAUUCACGACCUCCUGGAGCCCAAGGGCCCUUUGGCAAUCCGGGAAGAUCCCGAGAAAGGCGUCGUGGUUCAGGGUCUCUCCUUCCACCAGCCCAAAUCGGCAGAGCAGCUCCUGGAGAUGUUGGCCAACGGCAACAAAAACCGCACGCAGCACCCCACCGACGCCAACGCCACCUCCUCCCGCUCGCACGCGGUCUUCCAGAUCUACGUGAAGCAGCGGGACCGUGUUGUCGGCCUCGCUCAGGACCUGCAAGUAGCCAAGAUGAGUUUGAUCGACCUGGCAGGCUCAGAGAGAGCUUCGGUCACCAAGACCAAAGGAGAGCGGCUCCGGGAGGGUGCCAACAUCAACCGCUCGCUGCUGGCCCUCAUCAACGUCAUCAACGCUCUGGCCGACGCGAAGAGCAAGAAAACCCACAUCCCAUACAGGGACAGCAAGCUCACGCGGUUGCUGAAGGACUCCAUCGGCGGCAACUGCCGCACCAUCAUGAUCGCUGCCGUGAGCCCCUCCGCGCUGGCCUACGAGGACACCUACAACACGCUCAAGUAUGCCAGUCGGGCCAAGGAGAUCAAGCUGUCGCUGAAGAGCAACGUGCUCAGCCUCGACUGCCACAUCAGUAAAUACGCCGUGAUCUGCGAGCAGCUGAAAGCGGAGGUGGCAGAUCUGCGGGCGAAACUCCACGCCUACGAGGGCAGGGCCGAGGAUGCAGAAAAGCAGGUGCUGGCGCCGCUGGCUCCCCCCAGCUCGAGCCCGGUGGGGCUGCCCAGGUUGGAGGAAGCUGUCCCACAGACACGCUCGGACCCCCAGGUUUCCUGGGACGGUGACCAAGAGGCAGUUGCAGCACAGCCGCAGUUGGAAGCCCAACGGCCUGUUCAGCCACAGAAGCUGGAACGGGAGGAAGAGGCUCAAGAAGAAAUGCCCCCCAGCAGCCCCAGAGCAUCCCAUCACACAGAUCUCCAGCUGGAAACGAAGAAAGCAAGCCUUCCUCUACAGGGGUUGUCCAACAGCCGGACAGAGACCCUCAUAGCUGCUGUCCUGAGCAUUGCCCGGAGGCAGUACUCCCUCCUGAAGGCUGCCAACCUCUUAACUCCUGACAUGGUCUCCGAAUUUGAGGAACUGGAGCUCAAGGUCCAAAAGGAGGCUGGUGCGAGCCUGGAACAAGCCAGGCUGCCGCACAGACCCGCAGAGACCAGCGGGGCUGCUCCAGCCCGAGGGACGCAGCAGGACUGUCGCGCUGAGGCAUCUGUCAGCGUUCCUGCCACCGAGCACAGUGCCCCUGUGACCAGAGCCGCUCUGCGACGCUGGCAGCAGCUUGCUCCGCUCGCCAGCCCCACGCUGAAGGCUCCCGGCCUGGCUAAGAAGAGGAAGAGGUCGGAGAUGAGAAGCGCUUCCAGACGAGGAACUCCCCACAGCCUCAAAACGCAGGCAAAACGCCAGCGCAAAUCCUCCCCGCCGGACCUGCGGAAGGGCUCCGGGAGAGAAGCGGAGACUCCUGGGGCGAUGCAGAGCCAGGGCACCCCCUCUCCCGAAGGGACUGAGUCCUCCCAGCUGCCGCCAUGUCGCACCCCCAAAAUCUGCCCGUCGACGGUCACCAAAAGGCGCCCGCCCCUGGCGACGUCGGCCGCCCAAAACUGCUGCACCCCAGCUGCCCUGACUCUCCGCGACCUCAACAUGACUUUCGACCUCUCCGAGGACAGCGGUUCUCCGGACGUGGCCAAGCCAGGGACCUUCAGCCUGCCCCAGUUCCCCGGCUGGGAGAACGUCCAGUGCCUCUUCAACAAGCAGGACGGCCCCUUUGCGCCCAGAACCUCCAUCCCGGUGUUCACCAUGAGGGGCUCCUCCAUCCCCAAGCCCUCCUCCGUCUCCAAAGCGUCCACCCAGAAGCGGAGGCGAUCGGUGAGCACUGCUUCCCGCUCGCUGGGAGGGCUCCAGAGCCGCAUCACCCGCCUCCCGGGCGGCAGCUGGAGGUCCGCGCAGCCCCCGAGGGUCGCAGAACAUCGUUCGGGCAGCCUUGGCCAGAAGGGCAGCAAGAGAAGCACGAAAGAGGUAGCAGCCUCUGCUGCCCCCAAACCCCAGGCCAUGAAGCUCCUAUGCUGAUUGCCCCCAAAGUCCAGGACCCCUUGCCGUGGCCUAGCCCCCUCCUGGGGGCCCAAACCCAGGUGCCAGAAUUUGCCUUUCUCUACGAGCCCCAUCGCAUCCUUCCAGCUCCUUCCUUGAGGUGUGGGGACCGAUCUGCCCCUUCUUCUCUGCUCUGUAUGAGGGAAGGAGCUCAGGGCCUUGUUCCCAGCCGCCUCCUGCCCUGUGUCCACCCUGGGGCCCCCCAAAACUGGCCAAACACCUUCCAGCUCCCAUUGCCGGGGUCUGGCAACGUCCUGGAAUACAUUUGCCUUCGCUUGGCACAGCUCUGUAUGUUUUUGUAGCAGAUGGAUUAUUGCUGUUCCCUCUCAGCCCCUCUGUAAUCCGCGCCGGGGUGUCGAGUGCUAACAGAUGGGUGCUGCUAAGAAAUAACACAAGCUUUUAAUAAAUCUUUUCGCUUAAAACCGGA